GGUACUCAGGAUAAACACGUAGACAGCGACACACUUGAUAAUCACCCAAAACCCUUCAAGGGUUUUCUACAAGUUCAAAUAGAGAGUGUUCAUUCUUGAAUGAAAAAAUAAAAAAACUGAAAUCUCUAAUAUUUGAUCAUCAUACUAUAGUGUUCCUUCUUAACCUAGCCCCCUUUAGCAAACCCCAAAUAGAAAAAAAAAAUCAUUAGUUUUCUAUUUUAAAUCAACAAGAUGCAUGCCCCAGUUGUUGUUAUGCAGGAUUCUAUGAAGCGAGAGCAAGGUGGCAAGGUACAGCGGGCGAAUAUCCAAGCUGCAAAGGCUGUUGCUGACAUUAUCCGCACUACUUUGGGUCCACGAUCCAUGUUAAAAAUGCUCCUCGAUGCUUCUGGAGGAAUUGUAGUAACCAAUGAUGGAAAUGCAAUUCUCCGUGAGCUAGAUCUUGCUCACCCUGCAGCAAAGUCAAUGAUUGAACUAAGCCGCACCCAAGACGAAGAGGUAGGAGAUGGAACAACAUCAGUCAUUGUCCUUGCUGGUGAGAUGCUCCAUGUUGCGGAAGCUUUUAUUGACAAAAAGUAUCAUCCUACUGUAAUAUGUCGAGCUUAUGCUAAAGCUCUCGAGGAUGCUAUUGCUGUGCUUGACAAAAUUGCAAUGACAAUUGACAUUGAAAAUCGUGAAACAAUGUUGGGGCUGGUGAAGAGUUGCAUCGGCACAAAAUUUACUAGUCAAUUUGGGGAUUUAAUUGCAGAUUUGUCAAUUGAUGCCACACGAAUGGUUGGCGUGGAACUCGGCCAAGGGUUGCGCGAGGUGGACAUCAAGAAGUACAUCAAGGUUGAGAAGAUUCCCGGUGGGCAGUUGGAAGACUCUGUGGUGCUUAAAGGAGUAAUGAUGAACAAAGACAUAGUUGCCCCUGGCAAAAUGAGGAGAAAGAUCGUAAACCCUCGCAUCAUUCUUCUUGAUAGUCCUUUAGAGUACAAGAAAGGCGAGAACCAAACCAAUGCAGAGCUCCUUAGAGAGGAGGAUUGGACUGUCCUCUUGAAAAUGGAAGAAGAGUACAUUGAGAACAUGUGUGCACAGAUACUCAAGUUCAAACCAGACGUGGUUAUUACUGAAAAGGGGCUUAGCGAUCUGGCAUGCCAUUAUCUGAGCAAGGCUGGUGUCAGUGCAAUCAGAAGGCUAAGGAAGACAGACAAUAACAGAAUUGCCAAGGCAUGUGGGGCAGUUAUUGUUAAUAGACCUGAUGAGUUGCAAGAAUCUGAUGUUGGUACUGGUGCUGGUCUGUUUGAGGUGAAAAAAAUCGGGGAUGAAUUCUUUACUUUCAUUGUUGAUUGCAAGGAUCCCAAAGCAUGUACUAUACUAUUAAGGGGUGCGAGCAAAGAUCUACUGAAUGAAGUAGAAAGAAAUCUACAGGAUGCCAUGUCUGUCGCUAGAAACAUCAUCAAGUGUCCUAAACUGGUCCCCGGUGGUGGUGCCACAGAGUUAACUGUAUCUGCCAUGUUAAAGCAGAAAAGUUCAUCUGUUGAAGGCAUAGAAAAGUGGCCUUAUGAAGCUGCCGCAAUUGCUUUUGAAGCUAUACCACGAACAUUAGCUCAGAACUGUGGUGUGAAUGUGAUUCGUACUAUGACCGCUCUUCAAGGAAAGCAUGCAAACGGUGAGAAUGCAUGGAUAGGCAUAGACGGAAACACCGGUGAGAUUGCUGACAUGAAAGAGCGAAAGAUAUGGGAUGCCUAUGCAGUAAAAGCACAGGCUUUUAAAACUGCCAUUGAAGCUGCUUGCUUACUUCUGAGAAUUGAUGAUAUUGUGAGUGGAAUAAAGAAGAAGCAGGCCCCUGGAGCAGGUCAAGGUCCAUCAAAACCAAAAAUCGAUGAAGAAGGCGAUGCAGACAAUGAUCAGCUAAUUCCAGAAUGAACAUGACACCCCAUGCUGCACUGGAAUGCUUUGGAAAUUCAGACUGCGGCUGAAAACAUUUGAAGUUUUGUCAUCUAAUAGGACUUUAGUAGAUGCUACCCCUGACAUUCGAAUUUUUUGUGCUUGACGUGUAACAUCUGCUGUUUUAACUAGGAUUGUUCGAAAUUUUUGUGCUUGACAUGUAACUUCUGCUGUUUUGACUAGUGGCAGUUGUUGGUUGUCAAUAUUCGUGUUUAUUUGAAAUCGAUUUUUCUUCA